CCAAACACUCCCUAUCUCUCGAUGAAAACAAAGCCAACACUCUCUCAUAAAUAAAGAGUAGUUGUAGCUCUCCCCCUCCCUGUCUCUGUAGUUUUACAUCACAAUCUUCGUGUUCUCCGCUCUCCUCUCUCUCUCUCUCUCUCUCUCUCUCUCUCUCUCUGAUUUCCACUGCCCUCGGAUCUCUCUCUCACGAUCCAUCAAUGGCCUCCGUUACUGGGUUUUCCAUUCCCAUGACCUCUUUCGCAGGCUCGCUCAAGCAAAACCAGGUACCCAUGAGGAUCUCAAGUCUGAAUUCAGCGUCUCUGUGCCUCCCAUCACUUAGGAUGCGUCCUGCUCGCUUUCAGAUUUCAUGUGCGGCCAAGCCAGAGACAGUAGACAAAGUGUGUGAAAUAGUGAGGAAACAGCUGGCACUAACGGCUGAUACUGCAGUCACUGGAGACUCAAAGUUCACUGCUCUUGGGGCUGACUCUCUUGAUACGGUGGAGAUUGUGAUGGGACUUGAGGAGGCAUUUGGGAUCAGCGUGGAAGAAGAAAAUGCCCAAUCUAUUGCCACUGUUCAUGACGCUGCGGAAAUGAUCGAUAAGAUCAUUGAGGCCAAGGUUUAAUAAACUUCCCAGGGACACAAUCAUUCAGGUUUCUCUAGGAAAGUUAUUUUUUCUUGUAUCACCUAGAUCUUGGCAACUUUGCUCUUCAAUGCUAGUAGAGCUUCCAGUGUGCUUGUUAGAAUGAAAAAACCCUGUGUUUUUCUCUGUUCUUUUGCUUUUUUUUUUUCUUCAGAAACCUACUCAUUAUGGUUCUUCUAUUUUGGGGUGUCUUUGGGUUAAAGUCGACUCUGAAUGUGUAAUGGGGAUUGAAUAAAUCUUUUUCCGCUUAUAUAUGUGGUUCUACAGUUUCACGUA